UUCCCCCACGCUUCUCCCACCUCUCUCUCUCUCCCUCUGUAAUCUUCGCUCGACCAAAGGAAAGCCGAGGGCGAGAUCGGCGCCAAGACUCGGAUCGUGAGAUCACUCGAUCUCAUCAAGGUGUGAAGGAGUUGUAAAGGAAGAUAAAAUGGCUGAAGACUUGCAAGCAAGUUCGGACAAGAUUGAAGUGAAGCUGUCUGAAACGGUUAAUACAUCAGUAGGUGGAAAUGAAAAAGAAAGACUGACGAACGGUGAUACAGACUUACUGAGAAAAGAAGGAAAUAAAGACGAGGAGGAGUCUGCAUCUGAUGGGGACUUCAUAAAGGUAGAGAAGGAAAUAUUAGUAGAUGCAAAAGAAAGCUCCCACCUGCUCAAUCCAAUAGUGGAAGCGGAGGAAACCUUACUCACUGUCAAUCAUGAAUCUGGCAAUUCAGAAGCAAAUGCCAAUUUUACUAAAAUGAAAGAGAAGAUCGAAGAUUUAGAGCUUCAACUUGAAACUGUCCUUGGAAAACUAAAUAGUUCAGAAGCUGAAAAAGCCUUCCUAAAAUCUGAGUUUGAUCUUGCAAAUGACAAGUUAGAAAAAAAGAGCAAGCGUUGUGAGGAACUGGAACUUGGACAGAAAUUGAUGAAAAAUCAGGCUUUAGAUGAUGAACAGAGGUACAAUUUACAGCUUGAAUCCCUUAAGGAAGCACUAAAAGCUACAGAUAUGAAGCAUAAGGAGCUUAUAGAUGUCAGGGAAUCUUUCACGGGGUUGUCCGCAGAUCUGGAGAUCUCAAGGGAAAGGAUAAAAGCACUUGAAGAAGAGUUACUAUCCUCAGCUGGUGAGCUGCAUAAACUCGAAGAACUGAGUAAACAUAAUAGUACCCAAGCAGAGUUAGAAUCAAGGAAAGUAUUGGAUCUAGAGAAGAUGUUGGAACUGGCACAUAUGACUGCAAAGGAGAUGGAAGAUCAAAUGAGUAAUUUACAAAAGGAGUUGAAGGAACUCUACGAGAAAUUUGCAGGAAAAGAACAUAUUGAAGAAGCACUUCAAAGUACUUCAUUAGAGCUUUCAAAAUUUCAGGAGAAGUUAGAAAUCUCAAAAUCAGACAUAGCUAAACUGGAGCAGAACCUUGCUUCUAAAGAUUCUUUCAUACAUAAACUGACUGAAGAAUUAAAUCUGCAAAAAGUUUCUGAAGAGCAGUUAAGGGAAGAUGUAACUGCACUAGAAAAUGCGCUUUCUGCUUCAAGAGAAGAUCUCCAAACAAAGCUUGUUAAUUUGGAGAAACUGGAACUGAAUCUUCAGGAACAGGUAAAAGAAAGGGAAAUGGUUGAAGCUUGCUUCAAGGACCAAGAAGUGCAGAUAUCAAGUUUAAGAAAUGAUUUGUUGAACUUGACAGUAGAAAAGGAAACUAUAGAGAGCACUGUGACAGAUCUUAAAACAAAGUUGUUAGAGACCGAGGAACUUAAUAGCCAAUUGGAGGCCAAACUAAAUGUGGCUGAUCAGAAUUUCAAGAAAACAGACUCACUUCUAUCACAAGCAUUGUCGCAUAAGAAGGAGCUUGAGCAAAAGAUGGAAUUGCUUGAACAGCUCCAUCAUGAAUCCAGAAUGGCCACAGAGGCUGCUACUAAAAGAAACCUUGAGCUAGAAGGUUUGCUCCAGGCAGCAAAUGCAGAUGAAGAGGUUAUCAGAUCACAGCUGAAGGAGACUGAAAUGAGAUUGGCAUUCGCUGAGAAGAGCAAUAUGGAGCUCGAGCAACAUUUGAAUUCUGCAGAGACAAAAUACCUUGAUGCACAUAAUGAGAAGAACGAACUUAAUGAGAAAAUAUCACAGCUCACUGCUUCGUUGAAAGAAGUAGAGGAAGAAAAUGCAUUGUCAAGAAGCCAUUUUGAGGGUUAUGAAGAUAGAAUUGGCCAAUUGGAAUCAAAUUUGAGCAAGUCUUUUUCAAGGAACUCCGAACUUGAACUGCAGAUUAAUGAUCUUGUCAAAAAGUGUGGGGAACAUGAGGAACAUGCUACUGCAAAGCAUGACCGCAAUCUUGAGCUGGAAGAUUUGUUUCAUUCAUCUCACUCCAGAGCUGAAGAUUCUGAAAGGAGAGUGGGAGAAUUGGAACUGUCGUUGGAAGCUGCUAAUCAUCGGACACAGGAACUUGAGCAACUACUCAGCAUCACAGAGGCAAAACAUAGAGAUGUUGAGGCUGAAUCCAAGCAAUACAGCAGUAAGGUUGCUGAGCUUGUUACAGAACUUGUAGCAUAUCAGACACGAACAGAAAGUCUUGAAGCUGUGCUGCAAGCUGCAAAUGAGAAGGAGAGGGAGUUGACAGAUAGCCUAAAUAUAGUUACGGAAGAAAGAAAAACAAUUGAAGACCUGUCUAGUAGUCAUGAGAAAAAACUCUAUGAAUCUGAGAAUCAAAUUCGGAUGUUGCAAAAUGAGCUGAAACAUUUAAGAGAGAAAGUGGAAAGUGUUCAGGAAGAACUUGAGGCUUCAAAUAUUCGAGAAAAAGAGCUACUUGAGAAGUUUAGAUAUGCUGGAGAACAGUUGGAACAUGAUGGGAAGACUAUAGAGGAAGUUACUGCAAGAAACCUAGAGUUGAAUUCAUUAAAUGAAUCUUUAGCCAAGGAUUCAGAGUUAAAGCUCCAACAAGCAGCAGCGAGCUUUAAGCAAAAGGAGUCUGAAGCUGAAGAAUUGAAUGAAAAGUUAAAAUAUCUUGAAGAACAAUUGGCAUUUUAUAAAGAACAGGCAGUUGAAGCUACUGAAAAUGUUGCCUCACUUAAGGCAGAGUUAGAGGCAAAUGCAAUGAAGCUGGUUUCCCUUGGGAACAAUAUUGAAGAGCUUAAGCAAAAUGUUAUGGAAGCUAAUCUAAGAGGUGAACAGACAGUUUCUGAAAAUGAGUUGCUGGCUAUGACAAACUCAAAGCUCAAGGACGAACUGGAAGCUCGUCAGCAAAAAGUCAAUGAGCUAAAUGAGUUGUUGAAAUCCAUACAUUCCGAGAAGGAGGCUACUGUUGGGCAACUUGCCUCUCAUGCAAGCACCAUAGCACAAUUAACUGAUGAACAUUCAAGGGGCAUGGAACUUCAAUUUGCGACUGAAUCUCGUCUUAAAGAAAGUGAAGACCAGCUGCAUGAAGCUAUUGAGAAAUACAAGCAGAAAGAUUUGGAAGCCAGGGACCUGAAUGAGAAGCUGCUUGCACUUGAAACUCAGUUGAGAACUUAUGAAGAACAAGCUAGUGAGUCAGCGGUUGUUGCAGCAAAUCAGAAGGGUGAAUUGGAAGAGGCUCUUGUUAAGUUACAGCAUCUGGAAGGACUUACGGAGCAGUUGAAAGGCAUGAUUGAUGAAUUCGAAACUGAGAAUAAAGGUUUAGCCAGUCAAAACAUGAGUCUCUCUGAGGAGCUUGCAACAUAUGAUGGUAAACUGAAUGAGUUACAAGUAGCAUUCAAUACAGUUGUUACAGAGAAAGAGGAUAUAUCCAUACAGCUACAUGCUUCUAAGAAAGAAUUGGAGGAUCUCCAGCAACUUCAUCACUCUGAUAAAGAGGAACUCCAAUCACAGAUAACCACUGCCACAAAAGAGUACAGCAUGCUCAGUGAAAUGCACCAAAAGGAAAGGAAAGAACUUGAGGUGACUAAAAUCCAAUUCAAAGAAAAGCUAAGUGAACAGGAAGCAAGGGAAAAUUCUCUCAGCUCUCUUGUGGAAAAUCUUAAAGCGGAGCUGGCUGAGAAAUCUCUUAUGCAAGAGCAGAUUCAAGAGCUUGAACAAAAGCUGUUAGCAGCUGAGAAAGCUUAUAGCCAAGAGAAAGAAUUGGACACCAAAAAGGAGUUGGAAAGGCAAGCUUCCCUGAAGCAGUCACUUGAUGCAUUAGAGUCCAAGGAUCAGCAUGCCACACUUCUUGAAAAGCAAGUUGAGGAGCUUAAGCAGAGGCUACUAGAAGCUGAAAACCAGUACAAGGAGAAGGUUAUUGAAGAAAGCAAAAAGCUUACGCUUCUUGAGGUGGAACUUAAUGAAUUGAGACUUAAACAGACACAAACUGCUGAAAUGGAAAAGAAGAUUGCAGAGCUUGAGAACACAUUGCAGUUGGCUCGCACAAGUGCACAAGAUGUGAAGAAUGAAACCUCACAGUCAGAGGUGCAGUAUGCGACUGAGGUGAAAUCAAGAGACCUUGGAUUGGACACCUCAACACUAUCAAAGAGAAAGAGCAAGAAACGAAGUGACAAGGUGCACCGGGAUACAGAGGCUUCCACUGUAAAUCCAAACGCCUCUGUUGUCCAAGAGCAUUCAGGAGCCACGGCCUUCAAGUUCGUCCUGGGAGUGGGCUUGGUAUCAAUGAUCAUUGGUAUUAUUCUUGGGAAGCGAUAUUAGAAUGGGUUAAGGACUUCCAGUCUCUUCAUCGUGGAACCACCCCAUUUCUUUUCUCAAAUGCUCAAGUUGGUAAGGGAAUGUGAUUUACAAAAUCAUUUCCGGGGCUUUGAUUUUCUUGUUGCAAGUUUUAUCUUUACCUUGUAAGACUCAAGCUUUAAGGAGUCUAUAUUUUCAUCUUGGGUUAGGAAUUUGUUUUGUUUUACUUCAACCCUUCAGCAUGCAACUUGCUUGCUGUAUAUGAGCUUGUAGAUGUUUAUCUGUAACUAAGAAAUAAUGCCUUGUGCUAUUUGUUAAUAUUCUGAAAAGAGACAGGUUUUUGCUUA